AUGCCACGAACGUAUGAUGAGGAAUGCAGCUAUAUUGAACGUAUCACAGAUGUUGUGUACAGAAUCAAAAAAGGAUUCGUUCCAAAUAUGAAUGUCGAAGGACGCUUUUACGUCAACACAGCUUUAGAAAAACUGAUGUUUGAAGAGUUGAGAAAUGCGUGUAGAUUGGAUGGUAUCGGCGGAUUCUUGCCUGCGGUACGCCAAAUUGGAAAUGUCGCAGCACUCCCUGCUAUUGUUAACGCUUCUAUUGGUUUGCCGGAUAUACAUUCCGGUUAUGGAUUUGCUAUAGGAAAUAUUGCUGCAUUCGACGUUUCUGAUCCAGAUGCUGUCGUAUCGCCAGGUGGCGUUGGUUUUGAUAUUAACUGUGGCGUCCGUUUAAUUCGAACAAAUUUGUCUGAGAAAGAUGUUCAGCCAGUAAAAGAACAGCUCGCUCAAUCGUUAUUUGAUCAUAUUCCGGUGGGCGUGGGAUCAAAGGGUAUCAUUCCAAUAGGAGCUCAACAGUUCGAGGAAUGUCUUGAAAUGGGUAUGGAUUGGACUCUGCGUGAAGGGUAUUCGUGGGCAGAAGAUAAAGAGCACUGUGAGGAGUAUGGAAGGAUGCUUCAGGCCGAUGCUGCCAAAGUUUCACCCCGUGCCAAAAAGAGAGGACUUCCACAGCUAGGGACUCUUGGAGCUGGAAAUCACUAUGGAGAAGUACAAGUCAUUGAUGAAAUAUAUGAUGAAUAUGCGGCUAGUAGAAUGGGCAUCGACAGACUGGGUCAAGUUUGUAUAAUGAUUCAUUGUGGUAGUCGCGGUUUGGGACACCAGGUUGCUACAGAUUCAUUAGUGGUUAUGGAGAAAGCUAUGAAACGAGAUAAUAUAAUUGUCAAUGACCGUCAGCUAGCCUGUGCGAGGAUUAAUUCUAUGGAAGGGCAAGAUUAUCUCAAAGGCAUGGCGGCAGCUGCGAAUUUUGCAUGGGUGAAUCGAUCUUGCAUGACAUUUUGCGCAAGACAGGCUUUUGCAAAAGUGUUCAACACCUCACCAGAUGAUCUGGACAUGCAUGUUAUAUAUGAUGUCAGCCAUAACAUUGCUAAAAUAGAGGAGCAUCUUAUAAAUGGAAGGCCAAAACAACUGUGCGUGCAUAGGAAGGGUUCAACACGUGCUUUCCCUCCUCAUCAUCCUCUCAUUCCCGUAGAUUACCAACUUACAGGACAACCAGUACUAAUUGGUGGUACGAUGGGUACCUGUAGUUACGUUUUGACAGGCACUGAACAAGGGAUGAAUGAAACAUUUGCUACUACUUGUCAUGGAGCGGGUAGGGCCUUGUCUCGUGCUAAAUCGAGACGAAACAUAGAUUUUCAAGAAGUUUUGAACAAGAUGCAGGCAAUGGGUAUAUCAAUUCGUGUGGCUUCUCCAAAACUGGUUAUGGAAGAGGCGCCGGAAUCAUACAAAAAUGUGACGGAUGUAGUAAAUACUUGUCAUGAAGCUGGUAUUAGCAAGAAAUCUGUCAAAUUACGUCCGAUUGCUGUGAUUAAAGGAUGA